AUGAUAUAUUCUGAAAUCUGCGUAGAGAUUACUGACCAGCAUGAUGUCAGCCCACCAUCAUCAUCAGGCGCCCCGGGCAGCUUGACCUGCGACCAAAGUGAAGGUCGUCGACUCUCGACGGCUAGAUGCUUCAAUAUGGUCAUUGCACACCGAGAGCUGAGUAACCAGAUGUUCCAGAACACGCUCAUGUCUACCUUCGAUGCUGUGACGCUCUUCGAUGCUGGAGCUGGUCAGGCGCAAGGAAGUCGCGACUUUCAAGAGGAUCGCUACACACUGAUCCGCCCGGAGCAGUUCCCCGUCGAGACGGAGGACAAAUUGGCGAUUUUCGCUAUCUACGAUGGACAUGGUUCGGGGCUGGUUGCAGUCCACGCCAGCAAGCGACUGCACUGCCUACUUGCCCAGCGGCCAGAGUUCGCGCAGGGCGAUUACGCCGGGGCGAUCAAGGCGGCUCUCGCCGACGAGGACGCCCUACUGCUGGAGAGCUUCAAGCACGACAGCGCGGAGCCUGCGAUAUCGGGAUCGACCGUGGCCAUCUGCUUGAUCAACCUCACCACGGGCGAACUGGUGGUGUCGAAUCUGGGAGACUCGCAUGUCAUUUUGGCCGAGCGCGAUCCCAAGAGGGAAUGCGCGUACCAUAUUCGACGACUCACGAAGGCUCACAAGCCCGAGGAGCCUAGCGAACGGGCCCGGAUUAGAGAGGCUGGAGGCAGUGUUGAGAUGCGCAGCGGAAUUGCGCGUGUUGGAUCCCUGAACAUGUCCCGCGCGCUAGGGGACCUGCAGUACAAGAAUCCGGUGAACAGCGUGGUAGGCGAGAACUCGAUGCCCCGCGACCGACACGCCUCGUCGUCAUCCACGCCCACGCGUGGAGACUUUCUCUCCAACGACCCUUACACAUCGCGGCGGACGCUGUCGUCGGGCCGACGGUACCUGCUGGUGAUGGUAUCGGACGGUGUCAGCGAUCACACUGACGACGCAACCUUGAUCCAACACGUGAUGAAGCUGUCGAUGCGGGGGAAGCGGGCGGGCGACAUUGCGAUGGACGUCGCCACCAACAGUGGCAGUCACCCCCACAGCGACAAUGCCUCGUGCAUCGUGGUGUUCCUCGACGGACAAUCGAGCUGA